UUACUACGGACUAUGGUUCUUAACCUGUGAGUACGAUUGGUUCACAAAAUUGGUCUUUUACUUCUUUUGACUUUUAUCGUUCAUUAAAACUUAAAAGGCAUCAUACAAGAGCGGCGUCUUCCUCAUUACGUAUCCAAUUCGCGACUGCUUGAAGUUUGAACGGUGCUAAUUUCGGAUACGAUGUCGAAGCGUGAAGAUCCUCCUGCAGAUGAUUGUCCCGCUGACGCUGUCGAGUUUCUGCGCGGACUACGUGAUCUGCAGUCGACGGACACCUUCUGCGACGUCGUCUUGAAAGGGAGCGACGAAUCCUGGGUCUGCAUUCCUUGUCAUCGCAGUGUGCUCAGCGUGCAGAGCCCCUAUUUUCGCGCGGUUUUUUCUCUGAAUUGGAAAGAAUCUUCUGAACCGGAAUACAAGCUGAAGCCUGAACAACAUCGACAACCGCACGUUAAAAAAAUUGGUGAAGUUUGCUUACACUAUGAAUCUGAGCCUGAGCGAUGACAGCGUGGUGCCCAUCUUGAUUGCGGCACAGUUUCUGCAGAUGACUCCAGCGGCCCGAAUGUGCUGGGAUUACGUGGAGAAACGCAUGUGCCUUGCCAACUGUUUGGCCGUCCACACUCUGGCUUCUCAGCACCACAAUCCCCGUCUGGGCGACGCAGCUCUGUGCAUGAUUUAUCCACACUUUCUGCGCUUUUCGCAUAGCCACGACUUUCUGCAGAUGGACGCGCAACAAGUUCCAAGGAAGUGAUACUGUGCGUGGGCCGUAGUGCAUCUAGCGGUUACGCUGAUGCCGCAACCACCGUGGACAUCUUCAGCCCAUCAAUACCGGCCGUGUGGCGCUUGAGAAAUCUGCCCAUUGGCACGUACGCGACAGUGCUGCUGAAUACUGGCACAAUCAUGAUCCCUCACCUUCGUGGCCGCCUUCUCAUACACCGCGAAAAUCAUUACCUGGGUCUACGUGACGUUUGGUACAAGAUAGCCGAAAUGCGGAUACCACGCUGGCAAGAACGUUUUGGCGCGCUAAAUGGUCGCAUUUACGCCAUCGGUGGCUAUAGGGAUACAAAUCGUUACGAUGGAAUCUGUCCACAAAAACCACUGACAUCCGUGGAAGUCUACAUUGCCAGGACCGAUACCUGGACCGCGGUGGCACCGCUCCCCGUUGCUCUGCUCCGAGUGGGGGUGGUGACGGGUGACGAUCGGUUGUUUGUGUGCGGCGGAAUGAGCGGCAAGGAUGUCAGUAAUUAUGCUUUCUCUUACGACCCCGCAGCAGAUGCGUGGACCAGACUGCGCGAGAUGCCGACCGCACGCACCUUUUGCACGGGGUGCGUGGCGGCCGACGGGUUGAUCUUCGGUGUGGGUGGCGAAUAUGAUGCGGAACGGUGUGUGCGAGUGGAUGCGUAUGAUCCCGUCAACGAUCAGUGGGUGAGGAAAGGUGAUUUAAUAAGAAGUUGCGAUUUUCUCGGAUGUGCAUGGCUGGAUGGAAAGGUGUACGUUCUUGGCGGGGAUGAAGAGGAAGGGGACGGUGAUGGCAGUAUCGAGGUGUACGACGAAGAUACCGACAGCUGGGCCCUGCACGAGUGUCGACUGCCGCAGGCCAAGCGUUGCUUGAGCAGUGUUGUAAUGAAGUUGAAACGCGGGUAAUGCGAAGGUCUCAAGGCCGUAAUUGCGUUUUAGACAAA